AUAUUCUAAAAAUAAUAUUCUAUAUUAUUAUUCAUGGAAUGAAUUUUAAAAUUAUGGAAACAACUGGAGAAUUUAUUUUAAAAAUGACAGAAUCAUUGACAGUAGAAGAAUCAUUAAAUUUACAAGAUGUAAAUAUAAAAGUUUCACAGGAUUCUGAAAAGGAUAAAAUUAUAUCAGAUGAAAUAAAAGAAAAUAUACAAAAGACAUCAGAAGUGAAUGAGAAUUACAAUGAAAACUUGUUAGACAUAAUGAAUGAAGAUAAAGUUGUAAAAAAAAAAAUAACUGAAGUACAAAAUAAUGAAAAUUUAUUAGAUGUAAUACAGGAAAAUGAAUCUGUAAAAGAAAAAAUAUUAGAAAUACAAAACAAUGAAAAUUUAUUAAAUAUAGUACAAGAAAAUGAAUCUAUACAAAAAAAAAUAUCAGAAAUUCAAAACAAUGUAAAAUCAAUCAAUAUAGAACAUGAAAGUAAAGUGAUGAAAGAUAAAGAAAUGACACACUCAAUUCAAUUUUAUUGUAAUUGGAAUAAUUCUCCAAGAUUAUUAUGCGAAGCAACUGAGGAAUAUCAGUCAACAGAAUCACGUGAAAAUUUUACAAAAGGUUGUCAGUGGUCUCCGGAUGGAACAUGUUUAUUAGUACCUUCUGAAGAUUUUAGAAUUCGAAUUUAUGAGCUUCCUAGAGAAUUUUAUUCUGAGAUUCCUUUAAAUUUGUUAUCCAAAAAAUUUUCAGCAGCAUUAACAGUAAAAGAAGGAGGACUUAUAUAUGAUACUUGUUGGUAUCCUUUUAUGAAUUCAUGGGAACCUGCAACUUGUUGUUUUUUAAGUACAAGUAGAGAAAGUCCUAUACACUUAUGGGAUGCAUUUAAUGGUGAAUUACGAGCAACAUAUCGUGCUUAUAAUCAAGUUGAUGAAGUAGAAGCUGCACUUAGUAUUCAAUUUAUUGAUUCUGCCAAGGUAUGGGCUGGCUUUAAAAAUACCUUAAGAAUUUUUGAUGUAGAACAACCAGGUCGUCAAAUAAAUACUAUUCAAUUUAAAAAAGAUUUUCCAAAUGUAAUAGGAUUAGUUUCUUGUAUUCGAGAAAAUCCAAUUAUGCCAAGAUUAGUUGCUUUUGGUACUUAUUCUAAGUAUAUUGGUUUAUAUAAAGAUGGUCCAUUAUGUACUUUUAAGACAGGAAAUGGUGUAACUCAAAUUGAAUUUAGUCCAUGUGGAACAAAAUUAUUUUCAGUAGUUAGACGUAGUAAUGAAUUUUUAUGCUGGGAUCUUCGUAAUCCUGGUAUUGUGCUCUAUUCUCUUGAAGGACGUCAGUCUGACACAAAUCAAAGAAUUCAAUUUGAUAUUAAAUCUAAUGGAAAGGAAAUAGUCUCAGGUAGUACAAAUGGAGAUGUUAUAGUUUGGGAAUUAUCAGAUUGUGAAAAUCUUAAUGCAAGAUAUAAAAUAAAAUUAUCUUGUGAUUGUAUAAAUGGAAUUAAUUUACAUAAAAAUUUACCAUUAGUUGCUACUAGUACAGGCCAAAGAAUAUAUGAUAGUACAAUACAAAAUAGAGAUAAUAGUGUUCGAUUAUGGUCAUUUUUUUAAUUGAAUCAUAUAAUAAAUUAUUGUAAAUAAAAA